CAUACGCGUUAGCCCUCAUUGGUGCGACGCGUACCAUAUUACAAUACUCUUUGUGCGUACCUGCAUAUAUGUAAUCGUCUUUGAAUAUAUUUUGAAUGGAUAUGAAAUAAUAUCCUAUCUGAAUAAAGAUCCUACCUUUACUUACUUGACUAACCUAACUUUUACGUUUAAGUCCAUACCGAAAGGUGAUUUUACUUCACGAUGGAGUCGUCAGUGUUACAAUUCGCAGAGUGUGUUUGCGUGAAGGCUGAGGAUGAGUGUUUAACAGAUGAGCCCACGUUCGCGGAAGUGUCUGUGAAAGUUGAGCGUUUACUGGAUGAAGAUUGUGUUAAAGACGAGCCCAGUUGCGAGGGUGUGUCUAUAAAAGCCGUACCUUCGUGUUCAGAUGUGUGUGUAAAAGACGAGUCGCUCGGCGUGAGCGCAGCGGCAGCGGCGGCGGCGCUGUACACCGACCACGUGGUAAAAGAUGAGCUCGUGCUCGGCCCCGUGCUAGUGGAGCGGCCCAGCGUGCGCCACGCACUACCACUGCCACUAGAGCAAACUCCUCGGAUAAAACCAAGUGGCAGACCAGAAACAUACAAAUGUGCCCACUGUAAAUAUGUAACAGCUAGAAAAGUAUGGUUAAUCAGGCAUUUGAGAAAACAUACUAAUGCGAAACGAUACAAGUGUGAUCAGUGUAGUUAUGCUAGUGCCCUAAAAGGACAUUUGCAAGUUCAUGUAAGAAAACAUACUGGCGAAAAGCCUUACAAGUGUGAUCUCUGUAGUUAUGCUAGUGCCCUAAAAGGAAAUUUGCAAGUUCAUGUAAGAAAACAUACUGGCGAAAAACCUUACAAGUGUGACCAUUGUAGUUUUGCUAGUGCCCAACAAGGAGAUUUGACACGUCAUGUAAGAAAACAUACUGGCGAAAAGCCUUACAAAUGUGACCAGUGCAGUUAUGCUAGUGCCCGAAAACAAGAUUUGAAACGUCAUGUAAGAAAACACACUGGCGACAAGCCAUACAAAUGUGACCACUGUAGUUAUGCUAGUGUCCAAAAAAGAGAUUUGAAAAUUCAUGUAAGAAAACACACUGGCCACAAGCCUUACAAAUGUGACCAGUGUAGUUAUGCUAGUACCGAAAAACGAUAUUUCAAACGUCAUGUAAGAAAACACACUGGCGACAAGCCAUAAAAAUGUGACCAGUGUAGUUAUGCUAGUACCGAAAAACGAGAUUUGAAACGUCAUGUAAGAAAACACACUGGCAACAAGCCUUAUAAAUGUGACCAGUGUAGUUAUGCGAGUACCGAAAAACGAGAUUUGAAAUGUCAUGUAAGAAGAAAACACACUGGCGAACAGCCUCACAAAUAUGACGAGUGUAAUUAUGCUGCUAUUUAUAAAAGAAAUUUACAAGUCCAUAAAUGCAAAUCCUCUGAUGAGAUACUUUACGAGAGACGUACAGAUAUCGAA